CCAUUCGUCGUCGCGAGCGUCGACUGAAAUAAACGGCCGAGCUGGCUGCGUGACCACUCUCUGGGACUGGAUGAAAACAAGCAAAGAUGCUGUAAUAUUGGGGUUCAUUACCUCAAGCACCGCUGUCAGUGGCGAUUGCCAGAGUCUACAAAAGCCCAAAAUCUCUUUACAAGUGUCGAACCUCCAAAGCCAGACGUUCACGACUUCCCACUCUCAACCGCAACUCCUUACCCUAAAAGGUCGAGACCUGUGAGGGAGAAUCUCUUAUUCGCAAACCCUAGCUAUGGCGAGACACUCCGCUCCACGGUUUACUCUUCGCAAGAAAUUCCUCUUCGCUCUCGUUUUCUUCUUCUCCGUCCCCACCGUCGUUUUCCUCAUCAAGAGAGCCCCUUCCAUUUCCUGCGAUCGCCAAUCCGACGCCGGGGUUAAGCGGUUCGAACCGUUGCCGCAGUUUGGGGCCGCUCCAAGCCCACUCGCUUUCAUGAAGUCGAAGCGAGUUCUUCUGGUUUCGCACGAGCUCUCUCUUUCAGGUGGCCCGCUAUUAUUGAUGGAGCUAGCAUUUCUGUUAAGAAGUGUUGGCGCUGAAGUUUGUUGGAUUACAAACCAUAAACCAUCAGAAACAGAUGAAGUGAUAUACAGUUUGGAGAGUAAAAUGCAACACCGAGGAGUACAGGUUUUGCCUGCAAAGGGUCGAGAAGCUAUAAACAGAGCUUUAAAAGCUGAUUUGCUUGUUUUAAACACUGUCAUCGCUGGAAAAUGGCUGGAUGAUGUCCUGAAGGAAAAUGUCCCUCACGUUCUUCCAAAAGUGUUGUGGUGGAUUCAUGAAAUGCAAGGCCAUUAUUUCCAAUUAGAGUAUGUCAGGCACCUCCCUCUGGUUGCUGCCGCUAUGAUUAAUUCACAUGUAGCAGCAGAGUACUGGAAAACCGGAACUAGAGAUUAUUUGAGGAUUAAAAUGCCUGAUACCUAUGUGGUUCACCUUGGCAAUAGCAAGGACCUCAUGGAAAUUGCUGAAGAUAGUGUGGCAAAAAGGGUUUUGCGUGAACAUGUUCGGGAGUCUCUUGGAGUUCGGGAUGAAGAUCUACUCUUUGCAAUGAUAAACAGUGUUUCACGUGGAAAAGGCCAGGAUUUAUUUCUGCAAUCCUUCUAUGAGAGCUUGCAAUUGAUUAUACAAAAGAAUUUGAGGGUACCAUCAAUGCAUGCAGUAAUUGUGGGAAGUGACAUGACUGCUCAGCCCAAGUUUGAGUCACAACUGCGUGAUUUUGUAAGAGUAAAAAAGAUUCAAGAUCAUGUUCACUUUGUAAAUAAAACGCUGACAGUGGCCCCUUACCUAGCUGCCAUUGAUGUUCUUGUUCAGAAUUCCCAGGCACGAGGAGAGUGCUUUGGAAGGAUAACCAUUGAAGCCAUGGCAUUUCAGCUACCUGUAUUGGGAACAGCAGCAGGAGGCACCACCGAGAUUGUAGUGAAUGGGUCAACAGGUUUGUUACAUCCAACAGGGAAAGAAGGGGUCACUCCUCUUGCAAAAAACAUUGUCACACUAGCCACUAAUGUUCAUAGAAGGCUUACCCUGGGAAAGGCAGGAUAUGAGAAGGUAAAAGAAACGUUUUUGGAACACCACAUGGCACAUAGGAUUGCCACAGUUUUAAAGGAGGUGUUGCAGAAAGCAAAGAGUCACCCAAAACUGUAGAGUUAAAGCCUUUGCCUCCAUAUAGAAAAUCUUCCAGUUCAGCUUAUACAUAGUGUGCUUCUUAAUGCUGUAAACUUGCUUGGGAGGUUAGAAUUUCCAUAAUAAAAAUUUUCCUUUUAAUAGCAUCUCCCAAAGUUUUUUUCUUCUCAUUCUUCUGUCUGGCAAGAGUCAUAUCCAAGAGAACCAGAAAUUAUCUAUGUAGGAGAAUGUAAUGCUGGUGGCUAGCUUAUAAGAUCACAAUCACCUACAAGGAGAUGCUCAUAGCAAAAGAUCAUCUGCACAUAUUCUUCACAUUGUCUGCACCAGUGGGGUUUUUUUUCUUUUCAUUUUGUUUUUGCCUUUUUUGUUUUGUUUUUGUUUUUGUUUUAAUCUCAUGCUGCUGACUACAUAUUCAAACCUUACCCUUUGAGAAAAGCUAUACUUACUAUUAGGUUUGCCUGUUAGAUUUUUAUUUUUGUCUUGAAUAGACAGCAGUUUAAAUUCUCUUGAAAUAUGUUACUCUGUAUCAUGUGCUUUCUAAUGUUUGUUAACUAAGAGGGUUUUC